ACACGGCCCCGGGCCGCCGCUGAGCGCGCCAAGACGCCGAGACGCCGAACAGGUGGCCGGAGGCUGCAGGCGCCCGGGCGGGGACAGGCGAGGCCAGGCGAAGGCGGCCGGGCUGGACAUGGUAGCCGGGCAGCUCUGUGCGGCCGCCUGCUCGCGCCCCUAGCCGCCGGCGCGCCGGCGCAGCGGCCCCACCGCGCCCUGCGUACAGUCUCCCGGCCCAGCGCCGCUCCGGCCACGGACAGCGAGGGACGGCGGCAUGAAAGUGACCGUGUGCUUCGGGAGGACCCGGGUGGUCGUGCCGUGCGGAGAUGGCCGCAUGAAAGUUUUCAGCCUCAUCCAGCAGGCGGUGACCCGCUACCGGAAGGCCGUGGCCAAGGAUCCAAACUACUGGAUACAGGUACAUCGCUUGGAACAUGGAGACGGAGGGAUUCUAGACCUGGAUGACAUCCUCUGUGACGUUGCUGAUGACAAAGACAGACUGGUAGCAGUGUUUGAUGAGCAGGAUCCCCACCAUGGAGGAGAUGGUACCAGCGCCAGCUCCACGGGAACCCAGAGUCCAGAGCUAUUCGGCAGUGAGCUGGGCACCAACAAUGUUUCUGCUUUUCAGCCUUAUCAAGCCACAAGUGAAAUUGAGGUCACGCCUUCAGUCCUUCGGGCAAAUAUGCCUCUUCAUGUCCGCCGGAGCAGCGAUCCAGCUUUAACUGGCCUUUCCACUUCCAUCAGUGAUAACAACUUUUCCUCAGAGGAGCCCUCCAGGAAAAAUCCCACCCGCUGGUCCACAACAGCUGGCUUUCUCAAGCAGAACACCGCUGGAAGUCCCAAAACCUGUGACAGGAAGAAAGAUGAAAACUACAGGAGCCUUCCACGGGAUCCCAGUAGCUGGUCCAACCAGUUCCAGCGAGACAACGCCCGAUCCUCUCUGAGUGCCAGCCACCCAAUGGUAGACCGUUGGCUGGAGAAGCAAGAACAGGAUGAGGAAGGCACAGAAGAAGACAGCAGCCGAGUGGAGCCGGUUGGACAUGCUGAUACUGGAUUGGAGAACAUGCCCAACUUUUCCCUCGAUGAUAUGGUAAAGCUCGUACAAGUCCCCAACGAUGGAGGGCCCCUGGGAAUCCAUGUAGUGCCUUUCAGUGCUCGAGGCGGCAGAACACUGGGGUUGUUAGUGAAGCGGUUGGAGAAAGGUGGUAAGGCUGAGCAAGAAAACCUUUUCCAUGAGAAUGACUGCAUUGUGAGGAUUAACGAUGGAGAUCUUCGAAACAGAAGAUUUGAGCAAGCACAACAUAUAUUCCGCCAAGCCAUGCGUGCGCGUGUCAUUUGGUUCCACGUGGUCCCUGCAGCAAACAAGGAGCAGUAUGAACAACUCUCCCAACGCGAGAAGAACAACUAUUCCCCAGGCCGCUUCAGCCCUGACAGCCACUGUGUGGCCAACAGGAGUGUGGCCAACAACGCGCCUCAAGCAUUGCCCAGAGCACCCAGACUCAGUCAGCCACCCGAGCAGCUGGAUGCUCACCCCCGACUACCUCAUAGUGCUCAUGCCUCAACCAAACCACCCGCAGCCCCAGCCUUGGCUCCACCCAGUGUGCUUAGUACCAGUGUAGGCAGUGUGUACAACACGAAGAAAGUAGGCAAGAGGCUCAACAUCCAGCUUAAGAAAGGUACAGAAGGACUGGGAUUCAGCAUCACCUCCCGGGAUGUCACCAUAGGUGGCUCAGCUCCCAUUUAUGUCAAGAACAUCCUUCCUCGAGGGGCUGCCAUUCAGGAUGGCAGACUCAAGGCAGGAGACCGGCUAAUAGAGGUCAAUGGAGUAGAUUUAGCAGGCAAAUCCCAGGAGGAAGUUGUUUCCCUGUUGAGAAGCACCAAGAUGGAGGGGACCGUGAGCCUUCUGGUGUUUCGUCAGGAAGAGGCUUUCCACCCAAGGGAAAUGAAUGCUGAACCAAGCCAGAUGCAGACUCCAAAAGAAACGAAAGCUGAAGAUGAGGACGUUGUUCUCACACCCGAUGGUACCAGGGAGUUUCUGACUUUUGAAGUUCCACUGAAUGACUCAGGAUCUGCAGGGCUUGGCGUCAGUGUCAAGGGGAACCGUUCCAAAGAGAACCACGCAGAUUUGGGGAUCUUCGUUAAGUCCAUUAUCAAUGGUGGAGCUGCAUCUAAAGAUGGAAGACUGAGGGUAAAUGAUCAACUGAUAGCUGUGAAUGGAGAGUCUCUUCUGGGCAAAGCCAACCAGGAAGCCAUGGAGACUCUACGGAGGUCCAUGUCCACCGAGGGCAACAAGCGUGGCAUGAUCCAGCUCAUUGUGGCUAGGCGGAUCAGCAGAUGUAACGAGCUGCGGUCCCCUGGGAGCCCUGCUGCACCUGAGCUGCCCAUCGAAACAGAACUGGAUGACCGAGAACGCAGGAUCUCACACUCCCUCUACAGUGGGAUCGAGGGGCUAGAUGAAUCGCCCACCAGGAACGCCGCACUGAGCAGGAUAAUGGGUAAAUGCCAGCUGUCCCCCACGGUGAACAUGCCUCACGAUGACACUGUCAUGAUUGAAGAUGACAGGCUGCCUGUGCUCCUGCCUCACCUCUCUGACCAGUCCUCUUCCAGCUCCCAUGAUGACGUUGGAUUCAUAAUGACAGAAGCAGGCACGUGGGCCAAAGCUACCAUCAGUGACUCAGCCGACUGCUCAUUGAGUCCAGAUGUUGAUCCGGUUCUCGCUUUUCAACGGGAAGGAUUUGGACGCCAGAGUAUGUCAGAAAAACGCACAAAGCAAUUUUCAGAUGCCAGUCAAUUGGAUUUCGUUAAAACACGAAAAUCAAAAAGCAUGGAUUUAGGUAUAGCUGACGAGACUAAACUCAAUACAGUGGAUGACCAGAGAGCAGGCUCCCCCAGUAGAGAUGUGGGACCCUCCUUAGGUCUGAAGAAAUCCAGCUCCUUAGAAAGUCUGCAGACCGCUGUCGCUGAGGUGACGCUGAACGGGAACAUUCCCUUCCACCGCCCACGGCCACGAAUCAUCCGGGGAAGGGGCUGCAAUGAGAGCUUCAGAGCCGCCAUUGACAAGUCCUACGAUAAGCCCAUGGUUGAUGACGAUGACGAAGGCAUGGAGACCCUGGAAGAAGACACAGAGGAAAGCUCGAGGUCAGGGAGGGAGUCGGUGUCCACAUCCAGCGAUCAGCCUUCCUAUUCUCUGGAGAGACAAAUGAAUGGAGACCCAGAGAAAAGGGACAAGACAGAGAGGAAAAAGGACAAAGCCGGAAAGGAUAAGAAGAAAGACCGAGAGAAGGAGAAGGAUAAGCUGAAAGCCAAGAAGGGGAUGCUGAAAGGCUUGGGGGACAUGUUCAGGUUUGGCAAACAUCGAAAAGAUGACAAGAUGGAAAAAAUGAGCCGAAUAAAAAUCCAGGAUUCUUUCACCUCAGAAGAGGACAGGGUGCGGAUGAAGGAAGAACAGGAAAGGAUUCAAGCCAAAACUCGAGAAUUUAGGGAGCGGCAAGCCCGAGAGCGAGACUAUGCCGAGAUCCAAGAUUUCCACCGGACGUUUGGCUGUGAUGACGAGUUGCUGUAUGGGGGCAUGUCAUCCUAUGAAGGCUGCUUGGCUCUCAAUGCCAGACCCCAGAGCCCAAGAGAAGGGCACCUGAUGGACACUUUGUAUGCGCAAGUAAAGAAACCUCGGAGCUCCAAACCUGGAGACAGCAAUCGAUCCACUCCUAGCAACCAUGACCGGAUACAGCGUCUACGGCAAGAGUUCCAGCAAGCCAAACAGGAUGAGGAUGUGGAAGACCGGCGCCGUACAUACAGCUUUGAGCAAUCUUGGUCCAGCUCACGGCCGGCAUCGCAGAGUGGUCGACACUCAGUGUCAGUGGAGGUUCAAGUACAACGGCAGCGCCAGGAGGAGCGAGAGAGCUUCCAGCAGGCCCAGCGCCAGUACAGUUCACUGCCAAGACAAAGCAGGAAGAAUGCCAGCUCCAUAUCACAGGAUUCCUGGGAACAGAACUACGCCCCUGGCGAAGGCUUCCAGAGUGCCAAGGAGAACCCCAGGUACUCCAGUUACCAGGGCUCCAGGAACGGCUAUCUAGGCGGGCACGGCUUCAAUGCCAGGGUCAUGCUGGAGACCCAGGAGCUUCUCCGACAGGAGCAGAGGCGGAAAGAGCAGCAGCUGAAGAAGCAGCCACCAGCUGAUGGAGUCAGAGGGCCCUUCCGGCAAGAUGUACCCCCUUCUCCAUCUCAGGUGGCUAGGCUGAACAGACUGCAGACACCGGAGAAAGGGCGGCCCUUCUACUCCUGAGCUCAAAGGAGGAUGGCAGCAUUUUGUGUCAUGCAAUAAAGGACAUUUCCCCGUGAAGACUUGCGCUCUUGGAGUUUUUAAAAAAAACUUCGGUGGUACUACAGAACACUUCUGUCGCUGGUAUCAGUGCCUUUAAGCAGCAUGAGCAAAGAAAUGGAAGGCCUUAAUGUCUUUGCCACUGCGUCUAUCUCGUGGAAGGACCCCACCCCCACCCCCACCCGACCCCAAUCUCAAGUUCAAGGCAUCAACUACCUGCUUCUCUGCAGUACCGGAAACUUCAGAUCCAUGCCUAAGAUGCCUACGGACUUCACAGCUUCAUCUUAGAGGGUGACCCCACCCCCACCCCCCAGACUGCAGAUGUUACUGACACCCACUCCCCCCGGAAGUGACGUCUCAGUCUCUGGUAGACAGACGUGAUUGCGGCGUGCAGCAGAACCAGAGCUUGCCAGAACUUUGCAGCAGGGUUACCCGCUGUUCUCCCACUCGAUCUGAGGGUUCCCUUUCUUUCCUCAGAUCCUCGGAGCAUGAAGGCACUAGGGUGGUAGUGAAGAAGCUAAGCCAAACGCCAGCUGUUUGGUUGUGAUGGGGUGGGGGGUACUUUCCAACUGCCUUAUAACUCCACUACCCAUAUCAACAAUGAUUCUAGUCUGCGUUUAUAAAUACACGUGUUCAGUCCCGUUCAUGACACCUAGGAACAAGGGACAUGGGAGUGGCCCACGUGCAUUGCACCCUGAGGAAGGAGAUAGGAACUGAGGGAAGAUCCUCUGGAGGCGUUUAGGCCAGGCUAUCCUGUCCUUGUUUUACUUCAUUUGUGUCGCAGUAGGUUGGCAAGGAAGGCACAGAGUGGGACAAGGAAAAAAAGUCAGUCACCUUGGAUUCUGAGAAUCAAUCUCAAUACAGCUUUUGAGAUUGGAGUCAGUAUUUGUCUCCUAUUCCCUCUACUGUGUCCCUUCCUGACGAGGCCACAUUACUAAGUAAUUCUGCCGUUUAUCAUAAAGACAAAUAAAAGAAGAGCCACCCCACUUGAGAACAUUUUGAUGCCCCUCUGAGCAACAGGAGUCACAUUUUCGUGCAUGCCUGUGUCCUGAGGCCCUCCUCAUGUUCCCGCUGUUCAUCUGUAGGUCUGAACAUCCUGUAUUGUAAGCCAAGGCUGGGUUGCUAAAGUGCCUGCGAUUCUCGAUAUGACAAAAAACAAAAAACCUUGAGCAAAAAGCUCAGAGUACCAUGUAUUAACAAAAAAAGAAAGAAAGAAAAAAAAAGAUGUGUAUUGAUAUGCCUAUUUUUUUUUUUUUACUGGCACAUUGUAUUUUUUGUGUAGACUUGUUUUUAGAAAAUAAUGCGCAGUGACCACAGGCGCCGUGUCUCCCUGCAUCUGUGUGUAAUGGCUUUAUCUGUUAAUGACUUUCAGUGGUGUUUAAGUGGUGUUUCCAGUGUAAGUAAGCGUGGUGACCUUGGACAGCAGUGGCUUCCUCUCAGCCUCCCCUAAGCUGUGAGGGACAGCUGUCCCUGUACAUAUAAGACUUCUAAUAAAAGACAUAUUUCUUCCUGUU